AUGACCAUACUUGGAGAGGACAACAUGCAGAUUCUUUCGGCGCUGCUGGUGGAUGAGGAGCAGUACCAUGUGACCUCUGACUACAUGGAUGGUGACACAGGCGUUGGCCCGGAACAUCGCCACUUCCUGGUCUCAUGGAUGAUGACGGCAGCUGCGUGCCACAACUUUGGGGCGUUCACCUGCACCCUUGCCGUCAACCUAUUGGAUCGCUUCAUGGCCGCACAUCGCGCUUCCGACGGUGAGCUCUGGACGCUUCAACUGGCUGCUGUCGCAUGCCUGUCGAUCGCAGCAAAGAUGGAGGAAGGCGUCUUCCCUGACAACAUUGCCCUGUUCCAGGUGGCAAUUCCAUGGGAGCAGCCGUUUGAGGCGCGGCACAUAAAGAGCAUGGAGCUCGUUGUGCUGGCUACACUGGAGUGGCGAGUGGCGGCCGUGACUGCUGCCAGCUUCCUGGACCGAUUGCUGCUGGGCGCCUUUGACGCCGCCACCCUGGACGACCCCUCCGCGCUCCACGCCGCGCGCACCAAAUCCAUGGGCCUCCUUGCCAGGACACUGCCCGAGGAGCGCUACUUGGACUUCCGGCCGUCCACAGUGGCGGCUGCGUCCAUCCUGGUGGCCAUGCGGAUGUACUGCACCGACCAGGCCCUGCACACCGCCGAGUCCUACUUCGCCACCCUCAUCGCCCAGGUGGGGGAGUGCCAGGAGGCGCUGGCAGAGGACUUCAUAGGGGACAGGGAGUCUUCGCCCAGCUCGCCGUACAGGGACGAGCUGUUUGAGAAGGGCGGUGCCAGCAACCCCACGCCCACCUCCGUGCUGCAGCUGGAGGAGGCCCUCUCCGGCGAGCUGACGGCCAAUUGCGAGCGCUGGUGA